GGCAGGAAUAAACGUAAAUAAGGAUAAAAAAGGCGGACACCUCUUAGAAAAACAUAAAUGCUUCUUUUGUGGGGACGCUAUAAUGCUCUAGAACUUUGUUGCGCUUUUUCAAAUGGCGUGCGGUAACGGUUUAAAUGAAAGUUUAAUUUUGGUUUAAAUUUAUAGUUCCAAAAAAAGCCAAAACGAAAGCUUUUUCUUUCUUUCUUCCUAAGUCUAGUGAUUCAUCCUCCCGACCGGCCAGCACAGGGGCGGGUUUACAUUAGUUGCAAAAGGCGUUUUCAGCCGAGGGAGCGUAUGUUUUAAUUGCGGCUCCAGUUUCACAUACCCGGUUCCAAACUAAGCAUCGCCGCGGUUACUUAAAGAGAACUGUCUCUUUCUGUUCGGUUCUGUUCUGUUGUGUAAGCUUCAUAGUUUCAAUACUUCCGUUUUGGGUGUUCUGUUACAGCCUGGAGAACAAAACUAACAACCCAGGCUCUGCACCUUUAAAACUCCCAUCCCCCACCAAGAAACCUCGGCUGGGUGGAUGUUUGUUUUUUUGUUGAUGUUUUUCCCCAAUGGAAAUUACAAUGUAACGGAGUAAAUGACAGGUAUCCCAUCAUCCUCGGAAGCUGAUACUCCUGUUACCAUGGCAGCGAUCGGGUCACGUGGCACAGUCACAGAGUUCAGAGGAUUCAAUGCUGAUGAGGAUGCCCAGAAACUGCGCAAGGGCAUGAAGGGAGUGGGCACGGAUGAAUCAGCUAUCAUCGAGGUCCUUGCUAAAAGAACCAUCGCCCAAAGACAACUAAUCAAACAAGCGUUCAAGAAAGCCUUCGGGAAGGAUCUGAUGGAUGAACUCAAAGGAGAGCUGACUGGGAAUUUUGAGAAGGUGGUUGUGGGAUUGAUGAUGCCAUCGCCAGUGUACAGUGCCUACGAGCUGAGGAACGCCAUCAAGGGUGCUGGCACAGACGAGGGCUGUCUGAUCGACAUCCUGGCUUCCCAAAACAACCAGGAAAUAAGGGAGAUCAUCGCUGCCUACAAGAAUGCGUACGGGAAGAACCUGGAGGAGGACGUCUGCUCCGACACGUCCGGAAUGUUCCAGAGAGUUCUGGUGUCUCUCCUCACGGCGAAUCGCGAUGAGAGCGACCGCGUGGACCAAGCGCAGGCAGUUCAAGACGCCAAGGACAUGUACGAGGCUGGCGAGGCGCGAUGGGGCACUGACGAGGUCAAGUUCCUGACUGUGCUGUGCAUUAGGAACCGGAAGCAUCUGCUCAAGGUCUUCGAGGAAUAUCAGAGGAUCUCGAAACGCGACAUCGAGGAGAGCAUCAAGAGAGAGAUGUCAGGAAAUCUGGAGGAUGCCUUCCUCGCCAUCGUGAAGUGCUUGAGAAACAAGCCUGCGUUCUUCGCUGAGCGGCUUCACAAAUCCAUGAAGGGCCUGGGGACCACGGACAGCAUUCUGAUCCGGGUGAUGGUGUCGCGCUGUGAGAUCGACAUGCUCGAUAUCAAGGCUCAGUUCCAGAAGAUGUACGGCAAGACCCUGUACUCCUUCAUCAAGGGCGACUGCUCGGGCGAUUACCGGAACAUUCUGCUGCAGCUGUGCGGCUCCGACAGCUAGAGAGCCAGUCAGAGGGGCCGCGGUGUAACUGUGCCCGACCCACAGCAGCGCCCCCUUAUUUCUGGGAGGCUGCCCUGCAUGUCUUUUUGUAUAAUGUGAAGCAUUACUGGAUCUCAACCUGGACAGGCAAUCAUGUGCUCCUGUCCACCUUUUGCAAUAAAACUAAUUGAAGGAUU